GUACUAACUAGAUUCAUUUUCCUAUCAGAAAAGUUACUGUUGAAGAAAAUCCAAACACUUUUACUGUCCUAAAAGGUGACGACAGACACAAAAAAAAAUUUUAAAAAAACACACAUCAUUGUAAAAUCAAUACAUUCAUCGCUUCGCUCAGAAUCUAAAAAAAAAUUAUAUAAUUCAAUAGAUGUGCUACCAUUGAAUAACUGUGCAUUUGUACGACUUCUAUACUGCUACUGCAUGUUAAUUUCAAUUCUAAAUUGUUCGUAUCGCUGUGCCGCCACUCUAAAUUUUCGAGUGUGAUAUAAUCAAAACAAUAACAAUUUUUUCAGUAAGUACACGAAUAUUAAAAUGGAACCUAUGGAACACUAUAUGAUAUUACAUAUUUAAAAUUUACAACCAGUAAUCAAAAUCGUAUUGGUGAAUAAUUUAAUAUUUAUCAUUACAUCACACUGAAAGCACUGCCACUUAUCGAUGAUCAAUUAUCUCCGUAACGACAGGACAAUAAUAUUAUUAUCUUCUCUGUCAGCAGCGCCAGCGCAUCACAUCGGCUGCUCGCUGCGAUCACCGCGUUUUUUUUUCCGUUGCAUUAUAUUACUAUAAUACAAAUUUGAACUAUAGAUUUAUUAAAAAAAGCCCUUACAAUUUUCUUUUAUUAUAAUACAAUUUAAAAAAAUACGGUUUGUCUUGUUAGAAAUGUUUUACAAAUUUAAUAUAAACAAAAAACUGCUGCUCAUAAAACUUAGUUUUUUUUUCUACGAUUGUGGAAUUGCACCGAUAAAUCCAUUUUUACCAAGUAUAGCCAAACAGCGAGGAAUUCCUGUAUUCGUUAUCGGUAUAAUCUUUACGUUUAUGCCUAUUUUCAAUAUAGUCGCAAGACCAAUAACUGGAUACAUUACCGACCGUUGGCGUUGUCGCAAACAAGUAUUUUUGGGUGCUUCACUGUUGAACGCGUUUUUCACUCCACUCAUACAUUUCACGCCCGACUUCAACGACAACGGACACGCCGAAGACUUGGACAUCAUGACGCAUUGGAAAUUUUGGAUUUUUUUAGCCACCAUUACUGUGAGGAUGUUGCUUUGGAUGGUAGGAGACGUUCUCCAAGAUACGAUCUGUUUGGAAAUUUUGGGUGACGACAAAAAGAGUUACGGAAGACAAAGGGUCUGGGGAGCGGUUGGCUGGGGAAUUUCUACACUGUUGGUUGGCACAUGCGUGGAUUGUUACAGCGUGGACAAAGAGCACAAAAAUUACUUGCCAGCGUAUUUGAUCGCCAUGGCGUUCCUAAUCUGCCACUUUAUUGUUGCAUCUCAGCUAGACAACAACCAAACUUGUACAUCUAAAAACAUUACUAAGGAUGUCAUAAAAAUAUUAUCUGACGUUAAAGUCUGUUCAUACCUUGUGUGGGCAGUGUUUGCUGGUAUUUUCACCGCGUACAUUUGGUUUUAUUUAUUUCUGUACAUUGAAGACUUAGCAAACAUUUAUCAUCAAGAACGAUUACCGUGGAUUAAGACUAUACAAGGUUUUUCGGUGACAGUAGAAUGUUGCAUGGGAGAAAUUCCUGUUUAUAUUAUGACAGGAUACAUAUUGAAAAAGAUUGGACACAUGACGGCUUUCUCCGUAUCCUUUGCAAUGUUCUCGAUGAGAUUUUUCCUCUAUUCGAUCAUCAAAGAUCCGUUGUGGGUAUUGCCGGUGGAGCUAACCAAUGGUAUAACGUUCGCCUUGGCCUUCGUGGCUGGCAUUUCGUAUGCGGCUGAAGUAGCACCGAGUGGCAGCGCAGGCACUCUCCAAGGCCUGUUCGGAAUGGCCUUUCACGGAAUAGGUGUAUCACUUGGUUCAUUCAUGGCUGGUUACACGUUCGAACAUAUGGGGAGCUCGGCUUCUUUCGAACUAUUGAGUUACGUGGCAUUUACCACGUUUCUAGUCCAAGUAUCCGUCAGCCAAUUAAUAAUGCGAAUGAGUAGACCCAUAGAAAAUGGCACCGCGGACUAGCAUACAACAAAAUAAAUCUCCAACGCUGUACGUGUCCCGGGAAACUUAUUUACCUCGGGUCACACGAACGACGAACCCAAUACCGCAGUUAUACAUAACCUAACCUAUAAGUUAUAACCUAACCUACAGUCAACGAAAAUAAUUAUAUAAUAAGUGAUUUAGUUUUAUCACCAUAUUACUUUAAUAUGUUAAGAAUAAAAUUGUAAAUAUAACAUUAUUUUUUAAUAGCAAAAAACAUUAAUAAUUGUUAUUAAUUUUCAACAAAAAAUUACCACAAACACUUGCAGAUGAUACAAAUCUAAUUAAGGAGUGUUAAAUACUAUUAAAUAUAGUGUAUGGAUAAUAUUAACGAUUAUUUUAUCAGAAAUGUAAUGUGCAAUUAAGUUUUAAAUAGUAUUUGAUUAAUAAAUUAAGAACUGGUCGUAUAUAAAAAAGUUUAAAAAAAGUCGAGUAAUCUGAAACGAUAAUUUUUUUUCAAGAUUUUAAAUACAAUUGUAAAAAAAUCCCAAAAGCAUAAGGUAGGUUGUGGUAUACGUUAUAUAUAUAUUGUAUA